AUGGCUUCUACACGACGACUUCAGAAGGAACUUUCCGACUUGAAAUCGUGUGGUGUCAAAGCUUAUGAGAGCGUGGAAUACAAUGAGUCGAAUCUCUUACAUUGGACGGUCCUCCUUGUGCCCGAUAAAGAGCCCUACAACAAGGGCGCAUUCAAAGUCAACAUUGACUUUCCCGCCGAUUAUCCUUUCAAGCCACCGAAGAUCACGCUAGCGACUAAAAUAUACCAUCCGAAUAUUGAUGACAAGGGACAAGUCUGCCUUCCCAUUGUUGACCCAAAUAACUGGAAACCAGCAACUCGAACAGAGCAAGUGAUGAUGGCACUUCUUGCCCUGAUACAAGAACCUGAACCGGAUCAUCCACUUAGAGCUGAUUUGGCUGAGGAAUUUAGCAAAGACCGUAAGAAAUUUAACAAAACAGCUGAGGAAUUUACAAGGAAGCACGCCGAGAAGCGACCUGAGUAG